CGGAGUGAAUUCUGAGAGCGUGCUCGAGGCGAUAAUAAAUCUACGAACGAAACGGCACACAUCGGUGAAAUCAGGAUCACGGCUGUUUGAACUUUAUAGGGAAUUAUGUACUUUUAUAUAAAAAAGAAGAAAGAGAAAAUUUAGCGGUAUAUGUAAACAAACAUUGGUAUAUAAUGAAAAGAACGGAUCCCGAUCGAACUACUGAACAAAGGCAGACAGACGGGCAAAGGGAGAUACCAGGGGCACUCCAAGCAGAGCUCAUUAAUCUUCAUACAUGUAUAACAACGUUAACUAUUUCCAGUUUUAUCGCGGUGCAGUUUAUUCAUUGAUUUAAAGAAUAAACCAAUACCCGCAGGAAGACAUAAAUUCGGAUGUCGUCUUUUGAGCGGUGACUUUAAAACACCAACAGUUUGACAGUGUGGUAGAGAUGUUUAUGAAUGGGACUCCAGUUUCGGGGUAGAUCGAGUUUCGCUUCACACAAGAAAAGUGUUAAGGCAUGGGCCCUAUUUAUUUGUGUUAAACGCCAUUCUUAACUUUCCGUUCCUUAAAGUAGUCCAAGGUUUCUCAAUUGAAAUGGCAAGGAAAUUCCGCAGAUGACAUUGCGCACGAUACAGACUAGCAGCCGUUGAGUCUGGUUUUGCACACUACGGUCCUGAAGGAUCUGGGUAGUACUGGAUUUAACGACGCCAACUGAAGGAUGCAGAAGGACUUGGCGCUUGCACAUUCAUCUUACGCUCGAGUUGCGGGAAUCCAAAGCGAGGUCAACAAGGUUACGGUGACCCGUGUAGCCGGAAGUGAGGUUCAGUACCAAAAACAGAUGAACCUACAGCGGAAGGACAUGGAAAUUAUGGUCCGAAACAUUCGUAAAGAACAAAAAAAAUUGCGAAAGUCAAUUGUGAGGUACUCAAGAAAACUCCACGAGGGGAGGCGAGACCGAGCAAAGAGAGAAGUAGAGGACCAAAUCAGAGACAAAAACAGCAAGAACAAUAUGCGGAGGAUCUCCGAGAUAUAUAACAUGCAGUUCCCACAGAAUAGUCAGACUCCUCCCGAAGAAAAUAAACUCACUAUAUCAGAGAAUCUUUCUUGCACUAACCAAGAAGAAGAAGAAGACACGAAAGAAAAUGUGAACGAUCAACAGAAUAAGGAGAAUGUUGGGGAGAGAGAUGAGGCGCUUGAAGGGGACACGGAGGAUGGGGGACUCACACUUCCCCCCAUCAGUGCCCCCGCUCCGUCAGGAAGAAAGUCAAGCGUCUACGCCGAAGAAGACAAUCUAGUGAGGGAACCAAGAACGUUACCGGAAAUCACGCUGAAUCCCGAACUAGAGACUAGGAUUGGUCCCAAACGGACGCUAAGAGCGAAGAAACAGGGCGUGUCCUACUCUGACUUAAUUAAACUACAGCACUCCACAAGCUCCAAGAAACUGUUUAGUUUGGUCAAUAUACUGGCACAGAAGCAUGGCGGGAAAAACAGAAACAUUGAACAAAACGAUGCGAGUAGACCUACGCAACUUUAUAAUUCACUUCCGGCAGAGAAAUUUAACCAUACCGGAAGUAUAUCAGAGGUUUCCACACUAAAGACAGACAGACAUAAAUUGAACUUUGAUUCACUGGAAUCGACGACAGACGGUAAAAUUAUGCACCCUACGCCGAAAAAUCACGAGAAAUCCAAACAAAGCUCUGCCCGAGUGAAAUCUCCUAGGUCGGGCUAUUUGCCGAUUAUACCACGACAACCUGUGGAAGAAAGUCUUGAAUUUCGCAAAAUGACAAAAAAGCGUGGUCCGAUAUCCUGGACAGAUGCGAUUGCUUUGAUCAAAGGCGUACACACGUUAAUUGAUUGAUAGGGCCUUCAUAAAUUUAAAUGUUCAUUACAUAUUGCAUGCAAGAUAAAGAUUUUAUGAAUGUACAUAUAAUAUGCUUAUAUAUUGGAUUUGAAAUUAGUGUAUUGGAUGUGUAAAACAUAGUUUGUCCAAAAAAACGUCUUUCAAUUAAGUGUAAUUUAAAAUAAAAACAAAUUUUAAGUUACAGGUGUCACUCAUAUUGUAUUUUUCGGUAGUUUCCUACUUCACUUGUAUUGCAUACAGCCGAUGGCUAUGUUGCCGUAGAACUAAAUGCUUAAUAAAAUUACCCAAGUUUGCCAAGUCCACCAAAUCGAAAGUAUUGUAAGUUUGGUCUACUUAAACUAAGGAUCUAAUUUAAGGGUUUUAUAUGGCAUUUAUUGACAUUAGAUGAUAGCUUCGAUACGUUUCUAUUAGAAUAAACCACACAAAUUUGAUUUCCAGAUAAGUAUUUGGCUAUUGCAUGAAACUGCAUGUAACGGUUAGGUUUUAAAUCGUUGUU